AUGUUUUUAUUGAAUUUUUUUUAUUUAUUACAGCUUACUGUAGCUGUGAGAAUGGAUUUCCAACCAUUCUCUAGAGCGAAUACUGGCAUAUUUACUAACACCGCUUGUUUUAACAAGGAAUAUGAGAGUUAUAACAAUGAUUAUGAUUAUAAAAGUUAUUUUGGUGACAGCUUUGCUACCAACGGACUUGUUACAAUUUGUUAA